AUGGCCAGCCUAUCCUCGGGCCUUGCAGUCGUCUACCCUGCGGAUGAGGGAAGCGGCAAGCUCAGGGGCAUUGCACCCUUGAGACGAGGUCCUCCCAACGAGAAUCACCAUCGAACACCUUCAUCACCACAGUUCCAGGAGCAACCCGCCUCUACUGACCGCGCUCCCUCAAUUCAGGAUGAACAUCUCAAUUACGCCCCCGAGCCCGACCCGCCUCUCCCUUCCAACCCCGCUACCGCCAUCCCAAAACUUUCAGGCACAAGCAUUACCCUCACAAUGACAUCCCUCUGCCUCUCAGCAACCCUCUCCGCCCUCGACAUGACAAUCGUCACCACCGCCGUCCCCAACAUCGUCGCUUCCCUCGACUCCGUCGCCGGCUACAUCUGGGUCGGCUCCGCCUUCAUCCUCGGCUUCACGGCCGUCACUCCCGUCUGGGGCUCCGUCGCCGACCUCUGGGGCCGGAAACCUAUUAUACUGCUCGCAUUGACCAUAUUCCUCGCGGGAAGCCUGCUGUGCGCGCUGGCGCCGCACAUGGAUGCGCUGAUUGCCGGUCGCGCGGUCCAAGGGGUUGGGGCGUCGGGGAUGGGGGUUAUGGUGAAUACCAUCAUCUGCGACUUGUUCUCGUUGAGGGAUAGGGGACUUUAUCUUGCUGUUACAUCUGUUAUUUGGGCUGUUGGGAGUGCGAUUGGGCCGGUGCUCGGGGCCGGCCUCAAAGCCAUAGACUGGACAGGAAGCGCCCUUUGUAUGGGCGGAGCUCUCAUGGUCCUCCUCGCCCUCGACUUCGGCGACGUGGUACACCCAUGGUCCUCCGCGACCGUAAUCUGCCUCAUUGUCUUCGGCGCCGUCGUCAUUGGCAUCUUCCUCGUAAACGAGUGGAAAUUCGCCGCCAACCCCGUUCUGCCCCUCCGAUUGCUCUCAAGCUGGUCGAAAGCGGCAGCGUACAGUGUUUUCGCCUUUAACGCAUACGUGUUUAUCGGUAUCACGUACUACCUGCCGCUUUAUUCCCAAGCCGUCUUGGGCGCGAAUGCGUUAACGUCGGGGUUGUAUAUGCUACCGCUGAUCGUCUCUUGCUCGUUGUCUGCAGCGUUCGCUGGGGUGUUUAUUCAGCGGACCGGACGGUACCGUGUGCUCAUGUACGCGGCGCAGGUCCUGCUGAUCCUCGGUACGGGUUUACUCAUCAACCUUGAGUUUGAAAAGAACCUGGCGAAGCUGUUCACGUUCCAAAUACUCACUGGCGUCGGCGUGGGUUUAAACAUUGAGGCGCCAGUGCUGGCUGCUCAGGCUGCCACUACGGUGCGUGAUACCGCUGCUGUGGUGGCUACCAUGGGCUUCCUCAGGUCUGUUGCGACGGCCAUCUCUGUCGUUGUGGGUGGAGUUGUCUUUCAGAACCAGAUGAAGGCUGAGAACCAGGGUUUGGCGGAUAUUAUUGGUGGCGAGCUGGCCGAUCAGUUUGAUGGAGAGAAUGCGUCGGCUCAUGUUGAGGAUAUUGGUCUGCUUUCGGCUGAUCAGCAGGUUCCUGUGCGUCAAGCUUACUUCAGAGCGCUCAAGACAGUUUGGAUCAUGUAUGUCGCAUUUUCGGGCCUAGCGUUGUUACUGAACCUCUUCGUAUCAGAGCACCAUCUGAGUGAUGAGAGAAAGGCAGCUGUUCUCGGCGUCGAUCGAGGAAACCCCGGCUUGUUAGAUCAGCCGGCCCAAAGAGAGGAGAUACCGCUCGAGACAACUGGCAGACAGCAAGACAAUGUUCAUCAGCUCAGGAACCGAGCCGCAUGA